AUGUCUCCCACUUUCAAUACUCGUCUUGAAUCACUCGUCUUCUUCCCCAGUGCACAGCCCCAUCAACAACACAACAUGAGCAACCAUUCCACCAGCUCUCAGAUCGCAUGGCUUGCGGGCCUGAACCCCCACUUUGACUCCCCCACUGGGGAGCACAAGUUCCUGCGCAAGACGUCCAUCAUCGGCACCAUCGGUCCCAAGACCAACUCGGUCGAGAUGAUCACAGAGCUGGCUGAUGCUGGUCUCAACAUUGUCCGCAUGAACUUCUCGCACGGCUCUUAUGAGUACCACAAGUCCGUCAUUGACAACGCCCGCGAGGCUGCCAAGCUCAGCCCCGCGGGGCGUCCCCUCGCUCUUGCCCUUGACACGAAGGGGCCCGAGAUCCGUACAGGCCUUAUGGAGAACGGAGCGGACAUCCCUAUUCCUGCGGGCCACGAGUUCUGGGUGACCACCGACCCUUCCUUCUCGGAGGCAGGCAACGCCGACCAGAUCUUUAUGGACUACGCCAACCUUCCCAAGGUCACCGCGCCUGGCAAGUUCCUCUUCGUCGACGAUGGCAUCCUCUCGCUCCAGGUCCUCUCUAUCGACGAACACCGUAUCCGGGUCAAGGCCCUGAACGCUGGUAUUCUGUCGUCUCGCAAGGGUGUCAACCUUCCCAGGACGAACGUUGACCUUCCCGCUCUCUCGGAGAAGGACAAGGCCGACCUGGCAUUUGGUGUGCGCAAUAACGUCGACAUGAUUUUCGCCUCGUUCAUCCGCAGGGCCCAGGACGUUCGCGACAUUCGCAAGGCUCUCGGAACCGAAGGUGCUGGCGUCAAGAUUAUCUCCAAGAUUGAGAAUGAGCAGGGCCUCACCAACUUCGACGAGAUUCUCCGUGAGACUGACGGUGUCAUGGUUGCUCGUGGUGACCUCGGUAUCGAGAUCCCCGCAUCCCAGGUCUUCCUCGCCCAGAAGAUGAUGAUCGCCAAGUGCAACGUUGCCGGCAAGCCCGCCAUCUGCGCCACCCAGAUGCUUGAGUCGAUGACGGUCAACCCCCGUCCCACUCGUGCUGAGGUGUCGGACGUCGCCAACGCUGUUCUUGAUGGUGCCGACUGUGUCAUGCUCUCGGGUGAGACCGCCAAGGGAAUGUACCCUCUCGAGGCCGUCCGCAUGAUGGCAGAGACCGCGUACGUCGCCGAGUCUGCCAUCUCGUACGCCCCCCUGUUCGACCAGCUUCGUGCCCUCACUCCCCGACCCACCGAGACUGCGGAGACCCUUGCGCUUGCUGCUGUUGCCGCCUCGAUGGAGCAGGACGCCGGCGCAAUCAUUGUCCUCUCGACCUCGGGUGUGUCGGCGCGUCUCAUCGCCAAGUACCGCCCCUCGUGCCCCAUUAUUUGCGUGACCCGCAAGGACCAGACUGCCCGCCAGCUCCACCUCUCCCGCGGUGUCUACCCUGUAUGGUACCCAGAGCCCCGUGGCGUUCCUCAGGACAAGUGGCAGAUUGACGUCGACAACCGUAUUCGCUACGGCCUUAGGGUCGCUGUCAACCUCAACAUUGUCAAGCCCGAGGCGACCGUCAUUGCUGUCCAGGGCUGGAAGGGCGGUCUCGGCCACACCAACACCCUCCGCAUUCUUUCGGUCCCGACCGACCCAUCUGACCUUGAGAUUGCGGUCAUCGAGCGCGACUAA